ACGCGCGCACACACACAUACACACACAGCUCCACAACUGGUAGGGGAAAAAAAAAAAAAAAAAAAAAAAAAGAAAAACCUCAGACAUGGAUGACCCACUCACAAAAUGGCUCCACUUACACAGUAACAUCAACAACACGGCUGAAACGGACAUUGUGGGACUGUAAAAGCGGGUCACGGUUCAAAAAUGAUGGAAAAACGGGAGCAGGAGCUUUGUCCUGGAAGUCCCGACGCGGGAUCCGGUCCUGGAAAGCGAGAAGACUCGGCCAUCAUCUCCAGACACAACGGAUACAAGGAGGAAGAGAAGCCGAGGAUAGAAAGGGGGGAGGAGGGUGAUGCCAAUGAGAGGGUGAAGGAGGAGGAGGCGGACAAGAAGGAGAGGGGAGGGAGCUUCAAAGGGGCUGAGGAGACGGAUGACGUUCCGCUGCAGAACUCGAGCAACGGGACCAGCAUCAGCAUCAUCAUCAACGGCGUUGCCAGGGAAACUGCCUCUCUCAACGCCCUUGACCUGAAAAGGGAAGUGCCGGUGAUCGAGCUCUCCAGGAGGGACGCUAUAAAAGCACUGGAGCAGAGGACGGAGAGCCAUUUGGUGCCGAUCACGGAACUUCGCAGACCUCCACCGCUGCCGCUGCCGCCGCCGCACCGAGACGACGCUCGAAUGGUCCAGCUGAGCCCAAACGCGUUCCCUGUCCCGGCCCGGGCGAUGCUCUACAAUCUGGCGCAGCCUCUCGCCGCCAUCAACAGUCUUGGAGGAGAGUCAGAGCAGUACAGCAUGUACCCCAGCAACAGGGUAAAGCGCCGCCCGGCGCCUUAUGAGGUUGAACUCGACGAGGGUAGGCGCAUUUUAGAUCUUUAUAAGUAUGCUGGCCAGCCUAAGAUUGUGCGUCGCAUUUUCACAAACAGCCGUGAGCGUUGGCGGCAACAGAAUGUAAACGGUGCAUUCGCGGAGCUUCGCAAACUCAUCCCCACUCACCCUCCGGACAAGAAGCUGAGCAAAAACGAGAUCCUGAGACUUGCUAUGAAGUACAUCAGCUUCCUCUCCAAUCUCCUGGAGGACCAGGAUGGAGGGCGAAAUGUUGGCAACAGUACUGACGGAGACACGGGCCUGCUGGUUGGUGUUCCAACCCACGAGGGAGGCCCUCAGGGUGCGCCACAUCAAGAAACCAUGGUGGGCCUGGCGAGGGAUGAUCUUCUGGAGACAAUGUCACCAGGCUCCAGCUGUGGUAGCCUACCUGAUGGGGAUGGGGAGGGGAGUCCCGAGAGCUUCAUGGAGGACCAGGACUCGCCUCCAGCUACAAGGACUCUAACAGCAUCCCGCGGACCCUCACUGCAUCUAGCGGCUAGAGAUCUGAGGCGCAACGGACGACCAUUAGAUGGUUCCACUCGACGAUGAUGGUGACACCGGGAGAGCACAGUUUGACAUCAAAGACUGAAGAAAAGCAAUUACAGAUGAUUUGAAACACCUCAAACACCUUUUAUCUUGGAGUAAUCAGUUUAGGAAGAGUUAUCUCACUCGAAAGGGAAAGACGAUGAAUACCAUGGUUAAAUUUAAACUUGUAAAUUGUGCAUGUGCCAUGUUCUUGAUCUACCUUGCUUCUACGCUUUGAAAGUUCCAAAGACACCCUCUGAAAUGAAACUAUAAAAACAGAAUGAAAGAAAACAUUUUAAUUCAAACACUCGUUAUUUAGAAGAUGAUAUGCGUAAGGAGUUCAUUUUGAACUAAAUCUGCAGUCACCAUUGAUUGCAAAAUGGUGCAUAAUAUGGUAUUGAUCCACUUUGCUUGAACAGUUUUGCAGGUAAACUGGUCCAAAAUGCCAAGAUAUAAACAUAAAGACGUAAGUGGAACAAGUUUCAUAGGGUAGAAUAAUAAUAAUAAAAUAAAUGUUUGCAAGAGGCUGUUAACACAGUGAACAGGUGGGACUCUGAUGCAGUUAUGUAUGUGUUGUAAAUAGUAUUAUAUUUCCACUGCAAAAUGUAAUAACAGUGACUUUCUAGUCAUGAGGUUUCAGAUGUACCAUAGUGUGUUUGUGAAUGGGUUUACUAUCAAAACUCUCUUUAAAGAGGCAGGAUUCGAGAAGAAGGAAGAAAAGAAAUUUCACUCUACAUGUAACUCUAUAAUAAGUGAACAUAUAGAUGGAAGUCCAUCAAAUGUGGUACCUGCUUCUGUCACACCCGGUGAUUAGAAAAUCAAACCAAAUAUUUCAAUAGUCAAACAAUUACACUGUGUGUGAAUAAAAACCACAUGUAUUUGAAUUGUUGUGGAGGUACAAUAUAAACAGUGCUCUUAAAGUGUACAAAACAGGGGUCAGAUAAAAUCUUGAGAUGACUCAUUAAGUCCUUUUGAUAUGAAUGUUUUAAUGUUUUUUUUAAACUAUAAUGCAAAUGUAGUUUAGCAAGGUACACAAAUAAGUCCCUUUGUUUCCGCAUUUUACGUGUACACGUACACUCCCACCACAGCUACCCCUACCCACCACCACCACCACUUUGCAGUAUUAAUACCAUGCGAACACCAGCAGUUUUCUGGAAGUGUUGCUCACUGUUGUUGGUUGUUCUGCUUUUGUAGCAGAAUCUGGUAGCUUAUCUUGGUACCUUUGGUAUUUUAUGAAUUACAGUAAAGGGGCAUUGUACGUUUGGUAAUGACAUAUUUGUUGUAUGAUAGCUGUAUCUAUAAAUAUAUACAAUGUUAAAGGGAUGAAUUUUAUACAAAAAACAGAAUAAAAUAUACAAAGAAAAUUUGAA